GACCAUAAUAUUUUAAAUAGAAAUAAACUUUUUAGAUUCUCUCUCUCUCUCUCCAAAAACAAGCCCUAAAAAUUGAAUUUUAUUUUUCUCUUACAUGCUUUUUUACUUCCUUACAUUGUCCGAAUUCAGGAGCUCAAAUCCAAGAAAACCGUCACAAGAGAUCGCUCAUACACUGGCUUAGCAACUUUCUAUGUAUAUUUUCUUCAAUUUAUUUCCUUCAAUUUUUUAAUUUCCUCAACGGUAAUCCGAAUGUAAUUCACCGUCGGCGUCCGUUGGUUUUCCUCGGUGAGAUUCCGGUCAUCGAUGGCGUUGAUUGUUUGAUCUCUCUCUGCAUGUGCGUUAACUGUUAUGGAACUAGCCGUUACUGUAUUCGGGGUGUUCAUGUUUUGUUUCGGGGAUAAUAGCUUAGGGUUUGUUAAUUGCUCUGGAUGCGUAUUGGGUACAGGAGGAUAAAUGCUUGCUACCGGGAAUCUAGGGUUUUCAAGCCAGGUCCUGGUGGUUUGCCUUGUGGUUCCGGUGAUUUUCUUUGUCAUUCGGCGGAAAUGGCGGCUAGCUGUGGCAAGGAAGGAAGAGAUCAAGAGGCUGUUGAUUUUGGCUUCAGAGGAAGCCGUUAGGGCUGAGCUUGAGGCUUCUUCUGGAUAUGUUGCUGUUUCGCCGGUUGUAAGGGAUUAUCAGUGCGCGGUUUGUUACUGCCCGACCGUUACAAGGUGUGCCCGAUGCAAAGCCGUUCGCUACUGUUCUGGAAAGUGUCAAAUUAUCCACUGGAGACAAGGCCACAAAGAAGAAUGUCAUCCUCCCAGCCCAAUUCAGAGGAUUUCGGAUGUGACAAAUGAUUCUGCCCAGAAGGUUGGUGAAGAACACUAUGAAGUUUACAGUCAGAAAUUUGAAGGCUCACAACAGGAUAAACCGAGUGAAGCAUUCUCUGAGGAACCUGCAUUCAAAUGUCCCAGUACUACUGAAGUUCCAUUAGAGGAGGGUGGUGAUAAUAAGCUUGAGGCUCCUACAGGUGGCAAAGAGACAUUUGAUUCUUCUGACUCAUCAGCCACAUCAUUUUCUGGAUUUUCUACUUCAACUGCUAGUGGUGAAUCAUCCGAUGAUAUUUCUGUCAGCGAGAGUGUUAGCUCAAGUGAACCUGAUAAUUCAGAUGGACAUCUAUCUGCUGAUGGUGCACUUGAAAUGCUUCAGUCUUCUUUUAACAUGGCAAAUGUGGGUCAAUCUAAGCCAUUAUCUCCAAAGUUUGCUAGCUUGGUCACCUCUGCAAAUGGUUUUACUAAAUUAAAUCAAAUUAAAUCUAGUUCUCGUGAUGAAGAGAGUCGGUGCGCAUCGUCUUGUUCUUCUGGUUGGCACAAUAAUGUAGUACGUGAUGGUUCAAAUGCCAAGCCUUGUUCUUGUUUCUGGGGUAAAACUCUCGACCCUCGUGUGUCCCCUAGUGAUAGCCGCGACGAUUCUAAUGCAUCUGAUUCCAUUGGAGACGGUAGUGCCAAGUUAUCAGAUACUGGAUCUUUGCAUUUCUCAUUAUUCAAUUUAUCUGGACAUAGUUCUCCUCUCUUGCAUGCCCAAGGCUCUGGCGCAAAAGGCAUUCUAUCAGGUGAUGCACUGUCAGCUGUGUUGGCUGGUGACAAGUCUACUAAUGCAGCAUCUUUAUCAGAAAAUGUUGAAGUUGGUAAGCCUAAGAUCAGGGACUCCCAAUCCUUGAAAUCUGAAGCUUCUAAUAAUAUCAAGGAUGAUUCGAGAAGUACAUCACAAAACUUCAAGUCCAGAGAAGUUAAAGCUGUGCCGCUUGGUAUUGAAAGUGUUUCUAGAUUUAGAGAUUCAUCAAAUGAUAUUAACUUGCCAUCCACAAGCUCUGAGAAGACGGAUAAUAUUGCUAAUGAUUGCGGCAGGAUUUCUAAUAUGUCGAGCUCUCAAAAAGGUGGAUCUUCGUUGUCUAGUGUUUCUGAUGCUCCUUUAGCAUCUAGUGUUAGGGGGUGCUCGGUUACAAGUGUGAGAACCGGAGUUGUUGAUUCUGUUCAGGCUAGAACUGUUGGUUCCUCUCAGGUUUUGAACUCCCCAAAUGCUAAGAAUGGCUUGAGAACUUCUGUACAAAGAGUUGUUGAGCAAUUUAGAGGUUCCAAAAUGUCAAAGCACAAUCUAUUGAGUAAUGGGUGCGAGAUUGCUAGGAGAUACACUGACAAGGGCCUUUUUCCCUAUGAGUUAUUUGUCAAGCUAUACACUUGGAAUAAGGAUGAGCUACGCCCAUCUGGCCUUAUAAAUUGUGGGAACAGCUGUUAUGCCAAUGCUGUACUCCAGUGCUUAGCAUUUUCUCCUCCGCUGACUGCUUAUUUUCUUCAAGGACUUCAUUCUAAAACAUGUGUGAAGAAAGAAUGGUGUUUUGCCUGUGAAUUUGAAAGUUUAAUUUUGAAGGUAAAGGAAGGGAAAUCUCCACUCUCUCCUAUUGGAAUACUAUCCCAACUACAAAAUGGUGGAAGUCAACUUGGUAAUGGGAGGGAAGAAGAUGCACAUGAAUUUCUAAGGUAUGCUAUUGAGACAAUGCAAUCUGUAUGCCUUAAGGAAGCUGGACUAAAUGCAUCAAGCUCUUUGGAAGAAGAAACAACUCUUAUUGGUCUUACGUUUGGAGGAUACCUCCGCUCAAAGAUAAAAUGUACGAAGUGCCAAGGCAAGUCUGAGCGGCAGGAAAGGAUGAUGGACCUUACUGUUGAGAUUGAAGGGGACAUAGGAACCCUGGAAGAGGCUCUUCGACAAUUUACAAGCACUGAGACCUUGGAUGGUGUAAACAAGUACCAAUGUAGCAGAUGCAAAACCUAUGAGAAGGCCAAAAAGAAAUUGACAAUACUGGAGGCUCCCAAUAUUCUUACAAUUGCACUGAAGCGAUUUCAGUCGGGCAAAUUUGGGAAGCUCAACAAGCCAAUUUGCUAUCCAGAAAUUCUGGACUUGGCACCAUUUAUGAGUGGGACAAGUGAUAAAUCACCUAUAUACAGGCUUUAUGGGGUGGUUGUUCACUUGGAUAUCAUGAAUGCUGCAUUUUCUGGUCACUACGUGUGCUAUGUUAAGAAUAUGCAGAACAAGUGGUUCAAGAUUGAUGACAGCACAGUUACGGCUGUAGGACUGGAGAAAGUCUUGACAAAAGGAGCAUACAUGCUUUUUUAUUCGAGAUGCUCACCAAGGGCCCCAAGAUCAAUAAGGAGUAGAAUAGUAUCUUCUGAUCCCAGAACGAAAGCUAUGCCUUCGUGGAUUGGUGGAAAGCCUACCACAUUGAAUUCUAAAUCCAAGUCGACGAAUGCUGGUGUUGCCCCGUUUUUCCCGAGUUCAAAUCCUCUGGAACGAUCAGCCAGUGUUGAAUCAUUUUAUAUGAGGUUCCAGCAGUUGCAGAAGAUUUUAGAAGAGGACUCAUCAAGUGACAAUUCUUCCCUUAUUAGCAGCAAUUCUGAUGAAGGUUCCUGCAGUACAGAAAGCACACGAGACUCAACCAGCACAGAUGACUUAUCAGAUUACAUAUUUGGUGACUCAGGACGGGGUUGGAAUAGCCCAUGGAGGAAUUCCUCUGAUUCUGACACUUCUUCAUCUUCUUCCUCUCCCCUGUAUUCAAAGCAUUCACAGCUUUCUGAUCUUGAACAGUGCGAUUCGAUUGCCCCUGAAACCAGCAGGCCUCAAACUGAUUGUGCUGAUGAUGUCUGGGAUAAGUUAACUAAUGGUCGUGUCAGGCGGGUGAAUUUGGAACAUGGACCCAUUUUGCAUUCUCACUCGCCUAAACAUUGUUCCAAGGUACCAAGUAGUAAUAGUUGUAGUGGUAAGGAAGCUGACUUGGAGAGAUUAGGAUUUGACUCUGUAAAUGAUGUAAAAUUUGAUUUAUCGUUUAGAAGGUCAACUAGAGAAAGAACGGUCAAUAUUUGAUUAUAUAACAUAUCGAGUUAGAGAGCAGCGAUAAAUAAGAGAUUGAGAGGGGGGAUGUAUGUAAAUAGAACCCUUCAACUGGUUUUUAUUUACAGAAUCAACCAUCACCGUUUUGGCAUUGUAUUACCGACCCAAUUGUUUAGAAAUCAUAAUUAUAUUUAUAUCAA